AUGGGGGGCGUGUUCGGAAAGAUCUGGGGCCGGCUGUUCGGCAGCAAGGACUAUCGCACCCUCAUCCUCGGCCUGGACGGGGCAGGCAAGACCUCGAUCCUGGACUACCUGGACAUCGGCAAGGCCACCCAGACCACCCCCACCAUCGGCUUCAACGUCAAGACCAUCCGCCUCAAGAACCUAUCCUUCCAGGCCUGGGACCUGGGCGGGCAGCUCGCGAUCCGCACUUACUGGAAGAUAUACUACCCGAACACCAGCGCAAUCAUCUACGUGGUGGACAGCGCCGACAAGGACCGCUUCGAGACCAGCCGCAAGGAACUGCACCUGAUGCUCGCAGAGGCGGAGCUGCACGCGCGGCCCCUGCUCGUGCUGGCCAACAAGCAGGACCUGGAGGGCGCGGUCUCGGAGGCAGACAUCUCGCAGUACAUGGGGCUGCCCCACAUAAAGGACCGGGAGUGGGCCAUCUUUCCCUGCAGCGCGAGCACCGGGGAGGGGCUGAAGUAG